GAGGGACGUGGUCUGCUGGUGGCACCGUGUCUCGCGUGACGCUGCUGGGGGAGGGAGCGAGACUCCUCGAGCAAGCUGCCCCGCAUUGCAUAUUUGUUUACUAGCGGAACGCUUGAUUAGUUUAACACGUUUAAUAUCGACGGCAGGUGCUUAACGUGGGACUUCAAAUGCCCGACGCGAACAACAAAUCCGCUGGGGCUGGUACUCGCUAAGCGAAAAUUGUCAUCGAGUGAUUUAUCUCGCGUUUGUUCACUCGACUUCAGCGCGUACUGCCACUGACCUAGCGCGGCGCGUUUGUGAAACGGACGAAUCAAACUUGUUUGCGGGGUUGUUUUGGAUGCCUGGUCGUUUGUUUUUGGGAUAUGGCUCAGCAUAGACACCACCAUGUUGCGAGUUCCCAGAAGGCUUUAAUGCUGGAGCUAAAAAGUCUCCAGGACGAGCCGGUUGAAGGCUUUAAAAUAACUUUAGUCGAUGAGUCGGAUUUGUACAACUGGGAAGUCGCGAUUUUUGGACCCCCUAAUACGCACUAUGAGGGGGGGUACUUUAAGGCACGCAUCAAAUUCCCCAUUGACUACCCGUACUCUCCUCCGGCCUUCAGAUUCCUCACAAAGAUGUGGCAUCCCAACAUCUAUGAGAAUGGCGACGUAUGUAUUUCCAUCCUGCACCCGCCAGUGGACGAUCCCCAGAGUGGAGAACUGCCAUCAGAGAGGUGGAACCCAACACAGAAUGUGAGGACGAUCUUAUUGAGCGUUAUCUCACUGUUGAAUGAGCCCAACACCUUCUCGCCAGCCAACGUUGACGCCUCGGUCAUGUACCGCAAAUGGAGGGACAGUAAGGGGAAAGACCGCGAAUAUGCAGAGAUCAUCAGGAAGCAGGUUUUAGCCACCAAAGCCGAAGCAGAACGGGAUGGGGUCAAAGUGCCCACAACACUGGCGGAAUACUGCAUCCGUACCCGCGCCCCACCUGCCGACGAGGGCACCACCUUAUUCUACGAUGACUACUACGAUGAUGAGGAUUUAGACGACGAUGAUGGAGAGGAAGGUGAGGAUUGUCGCUAUGAUGAGGAUGACUCUGGGACGGAGGACUCUUGACGACCUGAGCUUUCCGAACUCUUCACUUCUGGUUUCCAUUUGGUUUUAAAUCAAGGAAAAGGUAUAAUUUUUUGUUUGAAGAUCCUGAGGUCCCCAACGUC